AUGGAGAAGAAACCCGAUCCAUGGCGUUGCAGGCAUUGCAUGCGCAUGGUCAAGGGCACGUCCAGCCAGUGUGGCGGUUGCCACCUUCAUUGGACGCAAUGCCUGGAUGCUUCGUAUGUCCACCAACCACAUCGCAGAGUACAGCGGACAGACUAUGCAAGUGGAUGGACAGAAGCCCCUUGGCACACCAACGAAUAUGGAUGGAACAACGAAGCACGUUCGAAAUCGCCGAGGCAACGUACUCAGAGCCCCAGACAGCGACAGAAUCGGCCCAAGUCCAGGCCGAAAUACCAGAGCUACCCCGACGAAGAGGAGCACAACAAAGGCAAGGGCAAAACCAAAGGCAAAGAAAGCUUCGCUCCUUUGCCGCCAUCUACGCAAUGGCUUGCUCCGCCGCAAAUGCCCUCUUCGCUAGCCACGGAAGCCACAGCCCUUCCACAUGCGGAGUCUCUGAUGCCUUCCUUGAGCUCAUUGCCUGCGAUGCAGCCAUUUCCCAAGCCCAAGCAGAAGGAGGACACCGAACUUGCUUCCCUGCGCUUGAUGUACAAGGAGCUCAAAGACAAGCCGAACUUGCCCGACGAUGUUCAACAGGUGGUCAAGACUGCCGAAGCCACCUUGUGGAAGGCAGAUGCCAAAUCCCACAAGCAGCUCAUAGAUCAGCUCAAGACAGUACGCAAGAAGCUGUCGGAUCUGGACGAGCAAUGGGAGGCCUACCGCAUUCAGUGGGCCAACUACAUCGAGAAGGCUUCCCAGCUCUGGCUCUCCCACGUGGAAGACUUCGAGGCUGGAAAAGCCAAGUUCACAGAGAAGCGGAAAGACAUGAUGCAGAGCCUCCAAGACACCCGUCAACGACUCCACGAGGUACACAUGCACACGAUGGAGCAAGGGACAGGGGACGGCAACGCCGACUUGGAGACUGCACAGGAGGCCCUGGAUGCUACCAAGCAGUUGGAAGAACAGGGCACCCCGGUGUUAGACAGCGACUUUUCGCAAAUCAAGAAGGAGCUCACGGGCGUGGUCAAGCAGGUCAAAGACACCAUCGAGGAAAAGAUCAAGGGACGAGACCGUUCUCGGUCAAGAUCCAAGAAGGAUCUGAAGGAGAACGACGAUGUGGAGAUCUUGGAGCCAAUUCCCAAACGCUCUCGGGUUGACUUUGAUCCCGUUUCCAAGUGGUGGAUCAAAACGAAUGACACUAGCAGCUCAUUUGAUGCCCGUGAGCUUGCAUGUGGCACCCAGAUGUUGAGCACUCCUGAUUCGGUUGCUCUUCGACUUGAUGGUCCACCUGGUCAUGCCCCUCAGUUUACAAGCUCUACUGAGGAUUUUCCUGUGCCCUUGGAUCUUGACCCGUUUGGGCUCACUCAUGCUGAUCCACAUGCUUUGCCUGAAUGGUGGCAACAAUUGAGAACCCUUCGUGAGCGACAUGGUUAUGUUGAACAGGAAGAUGAAGGUUCUGUAAUCUACGUCCUCACUUGGUAUCUACAUGGUACGACCUUUCGACGGUGUGACCAACCUCGCGUUGUACGGCUUGAUCGUGAUUGGACUUCAUGGCUUGACAUCCUGCGUGACCGAUGGCGUGAACGUAUUGUCCACACUGUACCUGUGCACAUUGGCGUUGUGUCCCCUGAUCCUCCAUCCAGUGUUUUUCAAGGUCAUGCAGCUCAUCUCAUCCUUGCACAAGAAGUUGUAGAUGAAUCUGCAGGAGUUGUGACUGGCUAUUUUCGCAGCACACGGAUUGAUGCCUUGCAGCAGAGUGCGCAGAUUUUGAAUCCCAUUCUGACAAGAGGUGAUGCCAUCGAUGCUAUUCCUGCUAGUGUUCAAUGCAAUCUUCGACAGUGCUUCGUAUACCUUGGAGACGUACCACUGUUGGCUGACAUGCAGUUGCCCACUCGCAUGUUCACUGCCUUGACUGUGGAGGUAUUUCCGCCUGAUGACGACCUUGAUGACUUCAGUUCUUUCAUGGCAUUUGAUCUGUGGUACUUGCAGAUGUGCUUGUCACCCAGGGACAUCAGUCUCUUUAUGGUGGAAGCUCCCUCUACGCAUGAAGCCUCUGAAUCCGAAGUAUGGGCCUCUGAUGAUGAGGCCAUGGAAGGUGUCCACGUCUACAGUUUGGGACGUCCUUCUCAACAUGUUUUUGUGCGUUGGACCACUUACAAUGCUGUUUUGAUGGACUUGGUGCGCCAGAUGUGCAUCAGCUUCCCUCACGCAUUAGUCGAGAUGACUUGCUUCUGCAACUUCAUUUCUCUGAUUACUGCACCCGACAAGCUGAUCGAUGUAGACUUUAUUGGAACAACGCUGAGUGGUCACCAGAUGAUUCUCGUCGUUAUGACACACAACAUGGUCUUUACCUCCGAGUUGUUGUCCUUCCACUUGAUGAUCAAAUUGAUGACGAAACCUUUGACAAUGAAGUUGCCGACCUCCUGGUUGACUCUGAUGCCGAGCCUCAGCCUCCUCACAAGCGGCCGUUUGAUGAUUGUCCUGAUGCUGGGGGUGAUGCUGCAUCCUCCAGUGGCCUUCAUCGUGCCAGCAAAGCCAUGCGACUUUUGCAGGGAGUUGUUCAUCGCUUCAGAAGUCAUUUUUCUGGUGAUGACCUUGACUUUCAGGACGUGUAUCACGGCACAUGUGAUUGUCGUGCAAUCUCCUCAUGAGCACUGGAUUAGUUCUCUGAUCUCGGUGUAUGAUCGGGACUGGCAUCCUGAUGAUGGUCCUUACUUCCGUAUGGUCAUCACAACUUUGAACCCCCUUCACUUUUCGCAAGUGAUUCAACAGGCUGGAUAUGAGGACAUUUGCAUCACUUCUGCCACACCUCGCCUAUGCUCUAUAUGGUGGGGGAAUACUCCAAUUGCCAAUGGACACCCUGUUGCUGGACGCCAUGGAUGUGGCCUGACUCUUCGGAUUGCACAUGCAGCGGGAUUGGCUAGUGAGCGCUUAACAGGUGGGACGGUAGCUCAUGCCCACCGGCCACAGCCAAAUCCACGAUCCAUUUCCCUGGCUCAGACCAUUGAAGCGCCGGUGUUCAUUUCAUUGGAUUUUCGUUCAGUUCAACAUCUCCAUUGCCAAAUCCGAAAUGUGGACCUUGGCACUGUUCGAUAUGCUGACAACAUUAUUAAAUGGCAUCCGGCCACUCAGAGUGCUUUGGCAAUCACACCGAGCUGGCAGUCUGAGACCCCGUUGGGGUUCUCCUUUUUCACUGAUGGCUCGUCUGCGCUUCUGAAUGAUGAACGAGCCGCUUCGGCUGCCAUUGUGCUCAUUGUACACACCCCGGCCGGUGAUCGAUUUGGAGGAUUUCGCUGCUUUCAAUUGGCUGCAGGCGUUUUUGCACCUCAAGCCGAAAUGAUCAGCGUACUUGUGGCAGCUUUAUGGGCCCAGCAACUUUGUGAGCAAUUUGCGUGUUUGUCUCCGACCAUUGCCUUCUGUUUUGAUUGCCUUGUGGCUGGCUUCACAGCUAAUGGGGCUUGGAGAAUUCAGUCCCACGUGGCCUUGCAAACGGCGACAAGAUCAUUGGUGCAAUGGAUUGAGCGUCGAUAUCAUGUUGCAUGUCAAUGGCACCAUGUUUUUGCUCACAACGGACAUCCUUGGAAUGAAGCCGCUGAUGCUGUUGCAUGGGCCGUUGUCUCCCAAUGGAUUGAUGCUCCUGCCGCUGUCCCUUUGCUACAGUUGCUUGAGUCAUCUCCUGAUGUUCAAUGGUUGUGGUUAUUGGAAGCCACCGCACAAGGAGACCCGGCCUUCCCGCCGUUGUGGGAUGGCUUCAUGCGGGUGAAUGCUACUGCCCCAUUUUGCAAAUCACCCAAUGGUGACCAGCAUCCAAUGCCACAGAGCCGGCAGAUCAAGGUUGGUUCUCGUACUACGAUAUCACUGACCCUUCGCUGUGCCACUGCCAAUGUCUUGACGCUGCAUCCGACCAAAACUGCAGCAGGCUCUGGUAUCUCAGCACGCAUGGAAUCUCUGGUGCGAUCGUUUGCCCUUCAGCAAGUCAACAUUGUUGGGGUACAGGAAACACGUUCCCAGUUGCAAGGGCAUACCAUCUGUGAAGGUUACCAUGUGCUGUCAUCCUCUGCCUCCAAGAAAGGCGUUGGAGGAGUUCAACUUUGGAUCAAUUCCUGUUGGCACACUCCUCAAGGUCCCUUGCACAUUGAAGUUGGCAACCUGCAUAUUCUUUCGGCUACCACUCAACGAAUGGUUGUGCGGUUGUGCAAGGAUGAUCUUCGAUUGAUUUUGUUGGUGGCACAUGCGCCUGCAUGCCCCACAUUUGAUGAGGCUACAGCUUUUUGGUCGGCACUUACUGCCAUGAUUCCAAGUGUUUUGCGUUCAUGGCCUGUGAUUGCUCUACUUGACGUUGGAUCUGAGACAUCCGAGUGUGUGGGACCCUUUGGUGCUGAAGUUGAAAAUCUGGCGGGUGAGUGCUUCCACUCUUGGUUGCACCAGAACUCUCUGUGCCUGCCUCAGACAGAUGCUGAUGUUCAUCAAGGACCACAUGAAACCUGGGUUCACCAUUCGGAAACUGGUGCUCGCCUUGAUUUUAUUGCGAUUGAUCAAUCUUUGCGGGCGCCUGCAAUGCGCACUUGGGUCUCUGAUAUUGACUUGACUAUUCAGAAACAAGACAAUUCGGCUGUCGUCCUGGAAGCCCCUUUUGAGUGCAGUGUGACCAUUGGCCGGAGCCAUCAGAUUCUGAACUCUCCUCCUGUUGACGAAGCUGUUCUACCACAAGUACCCUGGGGCACGGAUGUGCAUACCCAUGCCAACAUUCUCCAGCAAUGGAUGCAGAAGAGGCAACCUUCUGGCCGGUCUCGGCAACGAAGAAAACGUCACCUUCAACCUGCUACAUGGCAACUGAUUGAGCAAAAGCGCUGGCACUGGCGCCGUUGUCGACAACUGCGGCACACAGCCCGAGUUGCUUUCCUGCGUGCCAUGUUUGACGCUUGGCGAACUGGGUCCCUCUUGGAGUCUCAGCGAUGCCUUCGGCCUUGGCUAACGCUAUGUGACCACGCCUUUGCAUUUCACUUUUGUCAACAUCAGCGUCUUUGCAAAGUGGUUCUAUUGGCAGUUCGCAAUGAUGACCGCUUGUACUAUGAGCAGCUGGUUGCCCGUCAGAGCGAGAUUGCGGCUGAUGAAGGCUUGACUGGUUUGUGGAGGUGCAUCAAGCACCUGUUGCCUAAGGGCAUUGCCAAACGCAAGUCCAACAUUAGAUGUCUUGGACCCCAGGUUGAUGAGCUUACCCAGCAUUACUGCCAACUUGAAGCUGGUCAUCCUACUGACUACGCUUCUUUGGUGGAAAAGUGCCAUCAGCGACAGAAAGAGGCAGUGAAUGAGUUGCCCCUUGUCAUCAACCUUUGUGACAUCCCCUCUCGCACCGAAAUUGAGUCUCUGUGCAAACUCGCCAAGGCAGGACGAGCACCUGGCCUUGAUGGCAUCCAAGCAGAGGUGCUCCAGCGGUGCAUGAAUGAGCAUUCCGAGCUUUUCUUCGCUCUCCUUUUCAAGAUUUGGGUGUUGGCUGCCGAACCAGCCCAAUUCAAGGGAGGUUCCAUAUGCUCAAUAGCAAAGAAGCAAGGGGGCACUACCAUGUGUGCUGCCAACAUGCGCGGCAUCAUGUUGUUGGACUCCCUUGCCAAGCUGUUCCACGCGCUUGUCCGCAAACAGCUACUGCCAUGGGCCACAGAGAACAAGCUCGCAACUCAGUUUGGAGGUUACAAGGGCCAGCAGACCAUCUUUGCGACUUUGAUGCUGAGAUGUUAUACCAACUUUGUUGCGGCCAAACGGUUGUCUUGUGCCACCAUUUUUGUUGAUGUCCGAAGUGCCUUCCACUGCCUUCUCAGACAGCAUGCUUUUGGCACCGGUUGGGACUUGCCUUACCCAUUGGUACAGACCCUACAGCAGGAAGGCCUGGAUGUUGACCAACUGCUUCAACAAGUGCGACUUCAUGCGCAAGAUUUUGAGGGCGCACCAGCCAGUGUGGCCCGUGUCAUGCGUGAUGCUCAUCAGAACACCUGGUUCGUAUGUCCUGGUAGCGAUCGCUGCUUUGCUACUGAAAGAGGAUCCAGACCGGGUUCUCCCAUCGCCGAUUUGGCGUACAAUGUGAUGAUGAGUUCCUUGUUGCGUACUCUGCAGGCUGCAAUUGAUGAGUUGCCGGGCAUUCAACAUGCCAACGCAUUUUUGCAGUGUCGUGCUCCACUUUUGGCUUGGGUUGAUGACGUUGCUCUUCCUGUGCCGUGCUUGCAUGCAUGUCAGCUUGAUGCGCUCCUUGAACAAAUCAUGCUCUGUAUGCACAGUACUUUUGCCAGCUAUGGUUUGCGACUGAAUUGCAGUCCUGGCAAAACAGAAGCAAUUGUCCAAUAUCGAGGACCCCAAGCCCCUGAGUUGCGCAGAAAGAGAUUCAUCGAUGGCUUCGGCAAGUUGCCUGUGGCUGGAGCAGACGACCUCAGGAUUGUGUCGCAGUAUACCCAUUUGGGUCUCAUUGUUGCUCAACACUCUGACCUGAGCUCAGACCUGAACUACAAGAUAGGCAAAGCUUCCUCGGCAAUUCGCAGCAUGUCUCGUGCUUUGUUUUACAAUCGACGUCUCUCAGUGCGUUUGAGGCUGCAGUUGUUUGAAACCCUGGUCUUGCCGAUCAUUUUCUAUGGAAGUGGUGGUUGGCCUUUGCUAUCUGCACGGCAGUUUCAACGUCUGUCUGCAGUGAUCACCAAAUGGCAACGGCAGAUUGUUGGCACUGGAUAUUGGUCAGAUGGCAAUGUGACUGAUGCAGCCUUUCGAGCUCACUGGAAGAUUCCAGGUCUUGCAGUUCGCUUGGCCAAACACCGUUUAUUGUUCCGGUUCCAACUUCACAAGCAAGCUCCCUUGGUUGUUUGGGAUAUGAUCACGGCAGAAGAUGAGACCUGCCGCACUUCAUGGCUGCAUGCAGUGCGUCAUGCACUUCAAUGGCUUGCCACUAUGCAGACAGAGGUUCCCUGCCAUGAUUGCUCUGUCUCAGUAUUGCUUGAAUGGGUACAGCGUACCGCUUCUACUCAGAUGAGAUCUAUUCGACAUGCUCUUCGACGCCAUUUGUUGCAGGAGCAUACAGCUCAUCAUGUGGUUCAGAUGCAUCAGAGAUUCCACACUCUAUGCCGUCAAGCUGGUGUUGAGUUUGAUUUUCCACAGACGGAGGUCCAUGUUGGCGGAGUGUUUAGUUGUGACAAAUGCUGUCGAAGCUUUUCCUCUGUCCAAGGCCUCUCAGCCCACAAAUGGAAGGCUCAUGGGAUCAUUUCAAGUGAGCGGCGUUAUGUGUUCUCUGGCGUUUGUGAAUGCUGCCGCAGAUGCUUUUGGACUGCCCAGCGUCUUCAACAGCACAUUCGUUAUUCCAAGCGCUCUGCUGAUGGAUGUUACUGGUGGCUGGUGAAACACUUAGAUCCACUUGAUGAGUCUGUUCAGGUUUCUCUUCCUGACAUGCAUCGUGGCCGGCAUCGUCUGCCUUGGACGUUUGCUGCCGGCCCGGCUCAACCUGAUCCCUUGACGUGUUGGGAUCGACAGAUGGCCCGUGAUUGGCAGUUGUGGACUGAAGACUGGCACCGACAUGGAUUCCCGGAUGACCUCUCCAGCUCCAUUUGUGAUGAAGUACACACUGCGCUUACGGCCGCAGCGUUGGAAUGGCGGUCAGAUGGUGACUCUUCGCUGUCUUUGACAUGGUGCCACAUCGUUGACGGUUUUGCUGCGCAGGGACACGAUGCUCAUCACCAUGCGAUUUGGUCCUUUGCAUUGUGGGGCCGUGAGUGCUUAUAUGAUUUGAAUGAGCAAUUUGAGGAUCCAGACCAUUUUUUGCUUAUUGAAGAAGAGUAUUUGCGCUUGCUGGACGAUAUGCCGGUGUCUUCUCUCAUUGAUCGGUUGGAGCGAUUGCAUCGUGCCAGACCUCCGCGCUGGGACAUGCCUGUGACCGCGCAGGAUGAUCCCCCACGAGAUGGACGGCAACCGCGCGCCAUUGAGCCUUUUGCCUCCACCUAUUCCUGCAUGCCUGAUGCUUUGAGCUUUUUCACUGAUGCGUCUGUCCUUUCUUGGCCGCAACAGCGAGGGGUCCCUGUUUGUGAACUUGAGAAUGGCCAAAGGGUGCUUCUCAUCCUUCACUUAUUCUCUGGGCGACGGCGUGAGGGAGAUUGCCAUGAUUGGGCACAUACUCUUGUUUCCCAAUAUUUCCAAGACCUUGGGGCUGUCAUCUUGUCCAUUGACACGGCCGUAUGUGGUGAACACUGCGACCUUUUGCAUGGACAAGGUCUACAAGCUCUUCACCGCAUUGUGGACGCAGGGCUCGUUGCUGGGACCUUAUCCGGCCCACCGUGCGAAACGUGGAGUGCAGCGCGUCAUCUUCAACCACCAGAAGGCAGCACGAUUCGUUGGCCGAGGCCUUUACGUUCUGGGGCACUCCCGUGGGGACUGGAGCUCCUUUCGUUCAAGGAACUUCAACAGCUUGCAACUGGUAGCGCGCUGAUGCUCUCCAACAUUGAGAUCGAGCUCAAGGUUAUCUUGAAUAAUGGGGCUGCACUACAAGAGCACCCGGCACCUCACGACCAGGAGGAGUACGUAAGCAUUUGGCGAACUGCGCUACAACGGGUACUUUGCCGUGCAGCUCCUCACUCCAAGCAGAUUCGCAUUCAGCAGUGGAAGUAUGGAUCUUCAGCUGUGAAACCAACGGUGAUCCGUGCCAUGGGAUUGCCUCACGCUGCUCGAUCCCUGCACCGCCAAGCUGACCCUAGCUGUGCUCGCCCAGUGAACCCAUUGCAGGGUAUUGAUGAGGCAACAGGCCUCUUUAGAACUGCCCAAGCCAAGGAAUAUCCCUCUGGACUUUGCAAAGCGUUAGUGAUUACGCUGUUCGAGGGUUUGGCUGAGAGGCGUCGCACUGAAGGCAGUGCAAUUCGCAGUGUUUUGCAGCUCGGAGAGCGCGAAACCAAAUGGCUCCACACAGUCACCCAACGAUCUCAGACUGUUUUUGCGGGGCAUUUCUUACCAGACUACCAGCCUGUGUAG